AUGGAUCAUUCAUCAUGGACCUUGAGGGGUUACUCAAUAGAGAGCAGUAGUGUGGAAGACCUUCUUGGUAUGACUAAGCUCAGAACUCUCACGGUCCAUUCCCUUGAUGGUUGUACGUUAGAAACUCUGUCUGCAUCUCUCUGUGAAUCGAGAGAACUCGGGCAGCUUUCAUUGUACGAGGUCAUGCAUGAUAGGCAUAAUGAAGGAAAAUUAGUUCUUGAUUUGAUUCAACUCAAAUUUUUAACGGUGGGCAUGCAUAUGCCUAGGUUGCCUGAUCAACAUCGAUUCCCUCCAAACCUUACGAACAUAUGUCUUCGGUAUUGUUGCAUGGAAGAUGAUCCAAUGCCGAUUCUAGAGAAGUUGCUCCACUUGAAAUUGGUUGAAUUAUCAUAUGGUGCUUUCACUGGGAAGAAGAUGGAGCUUCCGGAUGAGGUCAUAUACAUAACAUCCUUAAAACAACUGACAAUUGGAGGAAGGAAUAGUGAAUGGGUGUGGAAAUUGUCUGAAAGAGGACAAGAUCACUACAAAGUUCACCACAUUCCUUGUGUUCAGUUUAUUUACUAG